UUACCCCCAAUUCUUCUUUAUCCAUUUUCAAAAUCUCUUCUUUCAUUCAGAUACUUCAUUUCCUGUGUUAAUUAUCUCGGAAAUUUCAAGUGGAUUUUUCUGAUUCAUUUUUAUUACGGUAUAUUUCGUUCGGUGUGAUUAUUACUAGGGUUUUUGCUGUUGAUCAUGGAGAUUUCGGUGAUUGGGAGCUCCCAAGCUAAAUUGGGAAUGCCCGAAUUGGGAAAUAGGGAGCUGGGUUUUAUUAAUUUGAAGGAUGGUUUUAGGGUUUCGAAUGAUAGGGUUUGUUUCGGGAAAAAUAUUAGGUGGAAGAAAGCUGGGAUAAGAUUCACUCUGAGAGCUCUUCAGUCUGAACCUGUUCAAGCGGAGAAGCAUUCUGGUGCUGGUAGAAGAUCCAAAUCGGAUGGUGUAAGAUUAUUUGUGGGUCUGCCUUUAGAUGCAGUUUCUAAAGACUGCAAUUCACUAAACCAUGCUAGAGCAAUUGCAGCUGGUUUAAAAGCUUUGAAGUUAUUAGGAGUUGAAGGUGUUGAGCUCCCUGUUUGGUGGGGAAUUGUUGAGAAAGAUGCUGCAGGAAAAUAUGACUGGUCUGGCUAUCUUGCUAUUGCUGAGAUGGUUCAGAAGGUGGGUCUUAAGCUCCAUGUGACACUUUGCUUUCAUGGAUCUACAAAACCCAAUAUCCCCUUGCCCAAUUGGGUUACCCGGAUUGGCGAGUCUCAACCCAAUAUUUACUUCAAGGAUCGGUCAGGACAGCAUUACAAAGAGUGCCUGUCGCUGGCAGUUGAUACUCUUCCUGUUCUUGAUGGGAAGACUCCAAUUCAAGUGUAUCAGAAUUUCUGCGAGAGCUUCAAGUCUUCGUUCUCUUCCUUCAUGGGCUCUACAAUUACGGGCAUAUCGAUGGGUUUAGGACCAGAUGGCGAGCUACGUUAUCCAUCUCACCAUCAUCUCUCAAGUGAUGGUAAAACUCAAGGAGUUGGGGAGUUCCAGUGUUAUGACCAAAACAUGCUCAGCAUUCUCAAGCAGCAUGCUGAAGCAUCUGGAAAUCCUCUAUGGGGGCUUGGUGGCCCCCAUGAUGCCCCUACCUAUGAUCAGCCACCGUUCUCCGGUUUCUUCAUGGAUGGGGCUUCUUGGGAGUCUCCAUAUGGGGACUUCUUUCUUUCAUGGUAUUCCAAACAGCUUAUGGCUCAUGGAGAUAGCAUUCUUUCAUUAGCUUCUUCGACUUUUGGCGACACUGGAGUGACAGUAUAUGGAAAAGUCCCUCUUAUGCACUCUUGGUAUGGAACUAGAUCCCAUCCUUCCGAGCUAACAGCAGGGUUCUAUAACACGGCUAAGGGGGAUGGGUAUGAGCCAGUGGCCGAGUUGUUUGCUAGGAACUCAUGCAAAAUGAUACUACCUGGAAUGGACCUGUCCGAUGCAUACCAGCCAAAUGAAACCCAUUCAAGCCCUGAGUUGCUUCUUGCACAAAUCAUGGCAGCUUGCAAAAAGCAUGGCGUGCAAGUUUCCGGUCAGAAUUCAUCCGAGUCUGUAGUUCUGGGAGGUUUUGAACAAAUCAAGAAGAAUUUAGGUGGAGAUAAUGUAUUGGACUUGUUCACAUAUCAAAGAAUGGGAGCAUAUUUCUUUUCUCCAGAUCAUUUUCCAUCAUUCACUGAAUUUGUGAGGAGCCUUAAUCAACUGGAACUGCACUCUGAUGAUCUACCAAUUGCGGGAGAAGAAGAAGGCACUCAAUCUAUGAUUACGAGCCAAGAAUCAAGCGUUAGCAUGCAAGCAGCCUAAGCAUUAUUGUUACUUUGUGAUGUUGAUAUUCUCAUGUAUAUAUACCAAUUUAUUAUUCCUGCAACAGAUUUGAGGACAGCUUAUUUUGUAAGAUGAGUGAGUGAGGUUGCCUAUUUAUUUAUAACCUCAACAAGCCUAGUUCCGUCACAAUUAUGUGUCUUGUAAAAUAGUCAAGGUGAAUGGCAAAUGACCUUGCUAGUCAAUAUAUUAUUAUUUAGCUUAAAAACAUUUUAUAUGGUAGAAGUAGUACUUUAUCUUCA